AUGACCUCUCAAGGCGGCUCAACGCCAUCGGGCCUCCUCUUCGACAGCACUGCAUUCCCCCACCUCCUCGACAAGGUCGUCCAACACUCCGAGCGCAGCCUGCUCCACGCCUUCCGCGGGACGUGCAAGAGGCUCAAGGACAUGGCAGACUCUAUCCUUGGGCACCACAUCAUCCUUCAAGAGAUCGAGAAGGACCCACAGUGGCCCGAUGCCCACUGCUUUCUGCUCGUCGACUCGCAAGGCAGCCGACUCGCGCAACUGCAGGGGUGCAUUGCCCUCCAGAAGUGGUCGAGCAACGACGCCCAAGGCGAGCCGCAGUCGGUGCCGUUCGAUAUGCCGCUGGCGACAGUGCGCACAUUCGAGUAUGCCGACGACUACAUCUGGCCCUUGGGCAUCCUCCGCACCCUACCGUGUCCCAACUUGCGCACCAUGCGGGUCUAUCACAACUACAGGCAGGGGAGCGCACUUUGGCCCGUUUGCACAGUCCAGCCUUCCGUCAACCUCAUCGUGGUCUUUGGAAGCAUCAGCCCGGCCAUGCCGUUCCCACUGGGCUCCUUCAGCUCCAGCGUGCAAUCGUUGAAACUGGUUGUUCACCCCUGGCCCGACUCGUUCGAGACUCGUGGUCAGCCUCUACCACAGGCGGCGUACGUGUGGCCGAUUGACACUACACUCGUCAUUGUCCUCUCGCGCCUCAUCGACGCGACUCCAGACGAUCAUCACCGCACCCAGAGCCGGUUCUACAACAUCCUCGCCCAGCUUCGGGAGCUCAUCCGAGCCGCGCACAAGGGCACCAAGCCGCCCACCUCCAUCACCGUCGUCGACUUUGAGGAGGCACUGCAGUCUCUCUUCGACACGAACCUCAUCCUACAGCUCGACCCAUCGCCAUCCCAGCCCCCCACUAUCGAACAGCUCCUUGACCCGGAGUUCUGGGGUCUCGACACAAGUGAAAUGUUGGAUGAAGACGACAACGAGACCCCGGAGGGCUCGUUCCCCCGUUCGCUGAGCCACCUGUCCAACCUGUAUCGCAGCGGCGGCUUCAACAUCGCCUCGGCUGAGGAUUAUUGUGCUUCUCUUGGCAGUGGGGCCCAAGCCGAGCUUGAGUUGACCCCCAACCCGCUGUUCCAGAGCCAUAUGAAGGAGCCGGGGAGUUACAGCAUGUGA